AUGGGCUCCGCGUCGGGCCUCUUGAUUCCUGCUGCUGUGCUCUUCUUCUCGUACUACUUCAUCGGUGCCAUCAUCAGCUACCGACGCCUCAGUCAAUUCAAAGGGCCGCCGCUCGCGAGCUUCUCUCGCUUCUGGCUGUUCUGGAAGGAGUGUGCAGGCCAGCUUCCCAGGUCGCAGGUGGCAGCUCUCGAGCAAUAUGGAUCCCCGGCUCGUAUUGGCCAUGACCUCGUUGUCACCGAUGAUGCGGAUCUGAUCAUGCGCAUGAAUGCUCCCGCGUCAAAGUGGACAAGAUCGGGCUGGUAUGAUGCCAUGCGCAUGGAUCCGCGGAGGGACAGUGUGUUUUCCGCUCGUGAUGAGAAGUUGCACGCCGAGCUGAAAUCAAAGGAGGCGGGCGCAUACAAUGGACGAGACAUUGCAAGCCUCGAGCCUGACAUGGAGGCCCGCAUAGGAGAUCUCAUCGAGUUGCUCCGCAAACAUGAAGGCACUUCGGUCGAUUUCGCCUCGGUGGCAAGGUACUUCACGCUGGAUGUGCUCAGUACGCUCGCGUUUGGCAGACCUUUCGGCUUCAUGGCCGCCGACGAGGAUCUCUGGGAAUACAACAAGACCUCGCGUGAUUUCAUGCUCAUCCUCGGCUUGACAGCAAAUCAUAGCCCGAUCAGGUGGCUGCUCUCGUUAGAUUGGGUCCAAGCACUUGCGGCGCCCAAGCUGACCGACAAGACUGGUCUGGGGCCGGCCCUCGCCUUUGCCAGAAAAGCAGUGGCGGAAAGAUUUGGUCCGGACGCCAAGGUGAAGAAAGACAUGCUGGGAUCUUUCGUAGAGCAGGGUCUUCCUCAGCUUCAGUGCGAGGCUGAAUCCUUCUUGCAAAUCAUUGCUGGCUCGGACUCCACGACGACUGCGCUUCGGUCAUGCAUCUUUCUCCUUGCCGGCAGUCCACGAGUCUACUGCAAGCUCAGACACGAAGUCGAUGCCGCUUCAAGUCAAGCUCCCACUGGCUCGGUGAUCAAGUAUGCUGCUGCCCAGAAGCUGCCGUACCUGAAGGCUGUGAUUCAAGAGGCUCUGCGCUUGUUUCCCCCCUUGUUCGGCCUGAAGGAGAAGACGGCACCACCGGGUGGCGAGGAGGUUGGAGGUAUCUUCUUCCCCGAAGGCACGGGCGUCGCAAUCUGCGAUGAUGCUGUCUGCCGCAAGAAGGACAUCUUUGGCGAGGACGCUCACAUUUUCCGGCCGGAGCGAUUUCUCGAGAAGGACGAGGCACUCAAUGCCAAACGUUUCCGGACGGUUGACGUGAUAUUUGGGACUGGUCGAUUCCAGUGCUUGGGCAAGCAUAUCGCUACCAUGGAGUUGCACAAGUCCAUCUUCGAGAUUAUGCGACAUUUCGACUUCGUGAUGACAGAUCCCAUGAGGGGCAUUGACAGCGUCUCUCACAACAUUCAUAUGCAAUCGAACAUGAACUUGGUUAUGUACUCGCGGACAUGAGGUAUGAAGACAUGAAUGAUUUUGCAUUCGGCGUUGCUUAUCAGAGAUACCCUCCGAAUGGAAUCGUAUGGUAGG